AGUGAUGAGACUAAAAGCUGCAAAGAAACAUCUGGGACAAAGAAAGGCGUGGAUUACCAGGCUCAAGAUGCAAGAUUGUGAAAACAUCAAAUAAACUAAAGGACCUGGGAGAAUCAAUACGUGGAAAGUAUCAGUUUUUUUCCAGAAGAUGACAGAGUGCAUGCAGAGAGACUCAGCCGGGGCAUUAAAAGAAAGCUGCUGAAUCUUAGAGACGUCGACUGAAACUUCACGUGCAGAGACUCAGGAUCCCGCUGCAGAAUCUCCGGUGUGUCGGGCAGCACAGCACAGAGUCCAGAUGAUGGGCUGCAUCACAGACUUCUUCACCUACGAAACCACAAAGUCAGUGGUGGUGAAGAGCUGGACCAUUGGCAUCAUUAACCGGGUCGUCCAGCUUCUCAUUAUUACUUAUUUUAUCGGCUGGGUGUUCCUGCAUGAGAAGGCAUACCAGGUGUGGGACUCUGCCAUAGAAUCCUCCGUCAUGACCAAAGUCAAGGGUUUCGGUGUGUAUAAUAACAGAGUCAUGGAUGUGGCCGAUUACGUCAUCCCCACUCAGGGUGCCUCUGUGUUCUGUAUCAUCACCAAGCUCAUUACCACUGAGAAUCAAGUCCAGGGCUUCUGUCCAGAGAGUGAGAUUAAGUACGCCUGCGGAAAUGACAGCGACUGCAAGGCCUUAACCAACAAGCCUGGAGGGAAUGGUGUGAUGACAGGCAGGUGUGUCAGUUUCAACAGCUCACUAAACACCUGUGAGAUAACAGGAUGGUGCCCAGCUGAGAUUGACUAUGUUAAAAUCCAACCCAUGAUGGAAGUGGAGAAUUUCACCAUCUUCAUCAAGAACAGCAUUCGCUUCCCACUUUUUAACUUCACAAAGGGUAACUUCCUGCCCACCAUCACCAGCGACUACAUCAAAAAGUGCAACUUUCACCCUGUCAACGACACCUACUGCCCCAUCUUCCGGGUGGGAGACGUCAUCCGCUUUGCUCACCAGAACUUCACCACUUUGGCCCAUAAGGGAGGAGUGAUAGGGAUAAAGAUCGGAUGGCAGUGUGACCUGGACAAGUCAGAGGACAACUGCAACCCCUCCUACUCCUUCACACGACUAGAUGCCGUUUCUGAGAAAACCAGCGUGUCUCCUGGGUACAAUUUUAGGUAUGCUAAGUACUACAAGAUGGACAAUGGGACUGAGUACCGUACACUGCUCAAGGCCUACGCCAUCCGCUUUGAUGUGCUGGUCAAUGGCAACGCUGGGAAGUUCAACAUGAUCCCAACUAUCAUCAACAUGGUUGCAGCAUUUACCUCUGUGGGAGUGGGAACAGUUCUUUGCGACAUCAUCCUUCUGAACUUCCUGAAGGGGGCGGAGCAAUACAAAGCCAAGAAAUUUGAAGAGGUAACACAGCAGUCAAUGUUUUUUCCCGUAUCUGGACUUUCAGCCAAUGAGACGCUAUGUUGCCUGUUUGUCUGUAAAUAUUCAGCUGGAUGGUGCUGCACUUUUCCUAAAGUGUCUCUUUGGUUCUGUUCAGGUGUCAGACACCCAGAUAAUGUCCAGCAUCUCCCAGAGUAACGGGCUGCACCGCAGCAGCUGUGACCAGCUGUCUGUCAAACAAGAUGAGAAGUGGUCCAAUGAGUCCUGGGGUUUCUCUUAUGGGCAGUAGGGACCAAGGACACAAUUGUAGAGCGAAAGAGAUACAGAGCAGCAUCACAGAGCCCUGGAGGUACUGGAUUUUUUUUUAAAAACAUAUAGUGAAAAUUUACAUUGUCCAAUGACCUGUUUAAUCUAUUCUUUUUUGACUGAAACAAAAUUAAUCUCUCAUAUACCUCUCUUAGAGGAAAUAAACAGAUACCAGAAUGUAACAAAUAAAAAUCAGAUAUUACCUACUAAAAGUCAUUCCAUCUUGUUGCAUGUUACUCUGUUAUUAGUUUUAACAGACUAAAGACUGUAUUGAGGGUCAAAAUUCUUCAUACGAAUAAAGUGUAGUCUGACCUGUUUAAAAUACUUCCAUUGUUUUAGAAGAAUCCAACCAAUACAGUGAACAUGCAACAGCAUAACCAUCAAUGAGAUGGAAAUAAAGAGGAGAGUGACUUUACAUUUACAUUUACAUUUACAGCAUUUGGCAGACGCCCUUAGCCAGAGCGACUUACAUAAGUGCUUUAAGACUCUAAAAGUCUUUAGCAUUAUAAUGGAUAGGAAAUGUGCUCCAACAUCAUCUCCUGUUCAGAGCUCUUCCUAUGAGACAUGCAGCGCUGAUCUUUACAGGCCUGACAGAAAUAAAAUGUAUGAAAGAGUAAAAUUGCAGGCUUUGUGAAAGUUUAAAUAAACGUAAUAAUAACCAAUAA